GAAACGUAAUUAAUAGUGAACUUCUGGGCUAUCUAAUAUGCUCAUUUAGUAAACCAAGAAUUAUUUUAUGAGGGAAUGUGGAAAUUGUAUGAUGCUAUUUGUGCCUUUUUUAAUAAUCUGGCCACCCUCGUACCAGUAGCUAGCUUAGUUUUUUUGGACGUAGCUUAGCUGCAGCCGUUAAGAAACAGCGUCUCUAUCCAGAGUAUCUGCGGGCUAAUAUUAGAGGAAAUGUCAGAGCUCCAUCUGAACCGUUCCCUGAGCGUCCUGGAAGUGGAGGCGAGGAGGAGAGGAGAGGGUUUGAGCAUAUAAAACGGAGGCAAAGGAGAAUGAUUUCACGAUACAACCGGAGACCUGUAUCGCACAAACUCGAGAUUCGUGGGUUGUCUCGAAGCAGCCUUGACCACCAUCCUCUUCCAGAAGAAGCAGACGACAACCAAACCCCUCCGUGCUACCUCCAUGACCUGCAGGAAGCUGCUUCUGCGCAUAACAGUGAUACAUUGCCAGAGUUUGACAAGGCGGCAUCACGGCAGGUGCAGCAAAUGUUUGAGGAGAUCGACAAAGAUCUUUAUGAGGGAAGAGGCAGUGGGGGAGGGAUACUCCAGGGGCUCCAGGAUGAAUGUCAGCAGUGGGCCACACGUUUCCCUCAUCUUCGUAUUCUGGGGACUCAGCUGCUGUGUCCCAGUGAUGAAGGCUUCCAGUGGUAUACUACCUCAGGGAAAGGCAGCGCUUCCAGCAGGCUGUCAGCGGGCAAAGAAAGCAGCGUUAAACCCCAGGAGAAAGACAGGGAAGGAACAGAGUUGAAUGUGCAGGGCCGGAGAGCACAUCUGAUCAGAUCCAAUUCACCAGACUUGGAUGCUCAGCGUGGUACCUCCAGCGGCAUUGGCAGCCAUGACAAGAAUAGAGUGACUGAAAUAGAGGGUCAGAUGGAGGAAUAUCUUGCUUUUGAUAGCACAGACUUGGAGGAUGACCAGUGGGAACAGGAUUGCUCCGAGUCGAGUCGGAGGCAUAAAUGUCUGCCCCCAGUCUCACCAUACCGGUGUCGCCGCCACGCUGUUCUCGAUCUGCUGUUUGAUGAUGUGUGGCGGCAGCUCAUUGGCUGCAUGAAAGAGCUGGUUCAACGCCACUGGGAAUGCUGCACCUCACAUGAUGAAAAUAUUUCUGGGACCUUGAGCCCCGUGCAGCAAGAUUUCCAGAAUCCCUUUAUGCUGCUGUCCACGCUGCCCACGAUGCUGCCCAAACUUGGCCAGAGCCGGGUUCCCCCACUUACAGCUGGCAUGCAGUUCCAGAACACAAAGUCAAGGGGCUCAAAGCACAAGUCCAGACGGAAAUCCAAAAAGCAGAAAAGGCCUUCCAGUGCUGGAAGAGUCCCUGUUGGAGCAGCCGCGACUCAGCACAACCUGAACGACCUCAUCGUGAUCCACAGCAUCCCCCUUCAGCAGAGGAACCUGGGUGUGCCGGAUAGAAGCCAGGAGCCAGAAGAGCGUGCGUCUCACAGACCGGGAUCUAGCGCGGUCCCCUCCAACAAACCUCGCCCUCGCCGACCCCUGGAGCAGAGCUCUUCCUCGCUGUCCCGCCCAGCACAAUCGGCCCGACGCAGGAACCCUCCUCCCCGAACCCUCCUGCCUCUUGUUCCCAAUCCGAGUCAGUCGAGCGCAGUGGGAUCCAUGGAUGAGGUCAUCCGCGGGACACGUCUACCCACGGCCAGUGACCAACUGACCUCUCCACCAUUGCCUCUGAGCAGAAACGCACUCCUUCCGCCCAUUAGCACCGGAGACCCAGACUCAUCUUACUCAGGGCAGCCAUCUAAAACUGCACAGCGCCAGAAGGGCCCAUCUAGCCGUGCCCACAGUGCUAUAAAUGACAAAGCUGGCAGCUCAGUUCCGAGGGAUCGCCACCACCUACUGGACGUUUUCUCUCGCCCCAACACAACCCACACUUACAGGUCAGAUACUCCAUACCGACGAUCCUUCACAGUGUUGGACAACAUUGGGCAGGGGCGGCCAGGCAGAGCCUCUGUGGGCACAGACUCCCUUGGAAUCGGUGUGACGGGCAUCAGUCUUGGCAUCAGCAGCUCGUCUUUUUUGGACUCAUUUUCCCACCACCCCUUGGGGCACUCGCCCAUCAAAGACGAAGAGGAGCCGGACCCGCAAGCCCCUGUCCCAGCUCCACUGGUGCCUGGGUCAGUCCCGUCUCGGUCUCACACCCGAGGAGGCAUCUCAUCCAGAGCCAGCAGACCUGGCUUGUAGUUUGCCUCUAAACUCCAGACUUUCGAGCCACUCAUCUUUAUUCAAGUGCAACGAAGUGCAAUGCUCUGCAGCAUCCGUGCCCACUGAACAGUUUUGUUUUACAGAAGUAGCAGGUUCUUUUUUUCAUAUUACGCUGCUUUUGUAAUAUUUUUGUUAAAACCCUAUUUUUGUAUUUCAAAAAUCAGCUUAUGAGGCUGCCAAACAGAAAUAAUUAUUAACAAUAACUCCAUCUUCAUGUACAGUAUGAGCUGCAUAUUUAGACCUUAGUUCAUGUAUUAUGUAAAUAUGUAUAUAUCUAUUUAUAUGUGAACGUACUGUAUAUUAUCCUCUGUGCUGCGUUGUUGUACCAGGAACCCACUAUGCAGGGAAUAACACAUUCAUCCCGACAGGAUUACCUCUCUGAAGCUAAAUCAGAGAGUUUGGUACUGUAUCUUUUAUAGGGACACGACAAGCAUUUAUCCAUAGCCUCUUUGCAUAUCAUUGUACACAGGGAGAAAAACAAAAAGACGAGCUUAUUUUAAAUCACGAGAGGGGCUGUGGGUUUUAAGCUGCAUGACAUGACAGCAAAAGGAACAUAAGAGGCAGUGAUAUUAAACUUUAUUUGUAAAUAGCUUGUCACGUAUGUACAAACCAUUUUACGGGAUGUAACGUUUUUAAAUCUAAGCUAAGCCAAGCGGGGGUGCUUGACAGGUAACAUCAGGGUUACUGCAAAAAGGUCAAUUUAUAUGUAUUCAGGAUCAUUUACCAGACAGCCAUGCCACAAAGCUUG